UCUAUCCCAGAAUGCAUCAGAACAUAUUCACUCUGUAAUGGUUAUGUUCAGAUUCUCUGCCGAUUGUGGUAAACAACGUUAGCUUGAUUUAAACGCGAAGGAGUAAACAUUUCAAUGUAUUCUUCAAUUAUAUAGAAUUUCGCCUACACUGAGGAAACCGGCUUGCGUGAUGGCGGACAGCCCCGGAGAUGAUGACUUUGAAGAUUAUGACAAGCCAGGUGCAGAGAGAUCACGCAGGAGGAGAGGCGAAGAUGAUUUAGACAGUGAUCUUGAGAGUGAUUUACUGGAGGAGGAUUGGCUGACAGCCAAAAAGGAUCCCUCAGAAGUGUCAGAUGAGGAAUUGAACGAUGACCUUCUACAAAGCGAUGAAGAAGAUCAAAACAUCGGCCAGGGCGUUAGCCUCAAUGCUACUCUAUGCGAAUUUGACCAGCAGGUGAACCCCAUAGACUACCCAGAAAAAGGAGAUAUAGAGGGGGGCUACCAGCAGGAGGGGGGAGAGUACAUGGACGAGUACAGCCUGCUCAAUGACAUGGAGAUACCAGACGGCCAAAUGGAAUACUCAGGAGAACAGGCUGGGGGCGACGGAGUGUUAGACAUUCAAAUCAAUGAGCCUCUAGACGAUGAAUUUCAAGCGGAUGAUUACUCACCAAGCUAUGGAGGUGGAGAAAAGCAGGAGGAGCAGGCAGCGCAACAGGAAGCCCCAGAGGAGGAGGAGGUCUCUCAGCUCGCAGACACAGAGGCUGAGAAUGAAGCAGAGCCAAAGGAAGAAGUGAAGGAGGAGGAAGACGAGGAUGAAGAGGAAGACGACGAUGGAGAGUCUGGCCGGUUGCGUUUCAAAACGGAGCGUAAAGAUGUCACGUCUGGUGUUGUGCGGCUGGCGGAUGCGGGAACCAAAAGACGGAACAUUCCUGAAACAUUAGAGCUGUCUGAAGAGGCCAAAGCAGGCCUGAUGGAGUUUGAGGAGAAGGAGCGCCAGAGGAAGCAGGGCCGCUUUGGAGGCCGAGGAGGAGAUAGAGGAGGAUUCAGAGGUCGAGGAUUAAGAGGGAGGUUCCCCGGAUUUGGGAUGGGAGACUUUGGUGGAGGAAGAGGACGAAUGAAUGACCUGAGGCUCCCAAUGGUGCCUCUACAUAUGGGCAUGCAGCGGUCUCCCUCGAGAAUGACUCCCCCUCACCCACGUCAUCAUCUUCAGCAACACCAUCGUCAGGGUGGCCCUCGAGGGCCCUCCUUCCAGGAGCACAGCGGCGGCCCGCUGGCCCUACAGCCCCUCCUCCCCCUGCACAUGGCCCAACGCGGGGCACCAGUCAGGCCCCAGACGGACCCACCACACCGCAUGAUGAGUCCCCCUCCCUCACACAACCACCAACAGCAGCAGCAGCCCAAGAACAUCCACAUCAACCCCCAUUUCAGGGGCCCUGCAUCCUCCCCUGCACAAGUGCCCUUGCUGCCUCCUGCCCAGAGCCAGCCCAGACCUGCUGUGGGUCCUCAGAGGUUCCCUCGACCAGGGGACUUCCAGCAACAGCACGUGCCGGGUCAUUUCGGCCAGCCGCCCCAGAGGCCCCCCCAUCACAUGGAGCCCUGGAGGAACCAGCCUCCCCCCACCCCCCAGGACAGAGAGCCCUUCUUUAUCGGGGAGCCAGGGCGCUUCCCAGGGCAGCAGCUGCUCAUGUUCGAUCACCAGAACCCCGGCUUGCUCAUGAACAGUAAUAACCACCAGCUCUCCAGCCAGGGCCACAUGGCCUUCAACCAGCCAAGCCCAGGGGGGUUCAACCAGCCAGGCCAGGGUCCAGGGGGCCAGCUAGGGAUGUUCCAGAGAGAGCCACCCAGACCUAACCUGCCUCCCCAGGGCCACCCCCAAAGCCACCAGGGCAUGGCCAGCCUGACUGGGCACAGCGGACCCACUAACACCAGGCUCUUCAUGGGCCACCGUCAGCCCGGCUUCCCCCAGCAGCAGGGGACUCCUGGGCCGUUCCCCUCACAGCAGCUCCAGUUUGGGAUGCAGGUACGGAUGAGAGGCUUGAUGCAGCACGGCCUUCUCCACUCGCAGCUCCAGCAUCAUGACUUGCCUCUAUCCCAUCAGCAGCAACAUCAGCAGCACCACAGACAGGACAUGUCUCAGCCGCCUCUCCAGCACCACUCUCACCCCCAUCCCAACGAGCAGCGGCAAGGCCCCAUGAUGCAUCGCGGCGGGCAGGCCCAGCCCCCCUUCCACCAGCAGCAGCACGGCAGCCCCAGACAGAUGCACCCUAGCGGGCCCCUCCCCCAGAACUUCCAGCAGCGUAACGCCCCCAUCAGGCCGAGGAUGAGCCCCCCUGCCCCCAAACUCAUUCCCCAGCGCAACAGCAACCUCCGCGAGCUCCCCGUGGCACCUGGCAACCAAAACGCGAACAACGUCCGCCCGGCCUCUGCGCCAAACGCCUCCAACGUCAGGCCCGUUGCCAGGGCAAUGCAAGGAGGGGCGCGACCGGGCCUGAACCCUCGGCCGGUACCCGGCGGUGGCAGAGGAAGAGCCCAGCCUGCUGCUGCCAACAAGGCUGCAGCACAGCUACCUGGGCCACUUGGAAGAACGGUGGUUCGCAGGGAUUCCACAAGCACUCUGCCAAACACAGCAGUACAGGAUCCGGACGAGGACGAGGAGACGCGGCAGUACCGUCUGAAGAUCGAGGAGCAGAAGCGUCUCCGGGAAGAGAUCCUGAAGAGGAAGGAGAUGAGGAGGCAGAUGCAGGCCAGCGUCCGCAAGAAGGAGCUACUGGAACGCAUCAACGGCCAGGGUGACCCACAACAACAACAGCUGCAACACCACCAACAACAACUGCAGCGUCUGUUUCCUCCUAAACCGCAACAGCCCCAGCAAGGCACUUCUGCUUUCCCUCCCAGCGGCACCCCACAGACGCCCACCGCACUCCGCCAGAACGUCAAGACCCACCUGACCAAGGGUGAGCAAGCACCGGCUCCAGGCUGGCAGGGCGGCCAGCAGGGGAGCAACACUGGCCCCGGGUGCCCUGGUCCCAACCCUCACCAGCAGGCCCAGUGGCAACAGCAACACGGGCAGCAGAGGAGGAACGUUACCCAGCUGAACCCUAUCAGACCAGGUGGGGCCCCUCCCAUGGGGAACAUGCCCAUUCAGGGAGUCCCGAUGGCGGGUCUGGGUUCCGGCCAGGCCCAGUCUCUGGGGCCUAAAUCUGGGGUGAAGAGAACUGUGAUGCAGCGAGCCAACAGUGGAGACGGAGCAGGGCCACAAGUUCCACAGAAAGUAAGAGUGGUCAAGCUUCUAGGAGGGGGAGGAGAUGUGAGUGGUGCCAGCACCCCAAUCCAGCAGCAGGCCGCCAGGCCAGCCCCCCAGCUCCGCCAGGGCCCAGUGAGGAAGGUAACCCUGGCCAGCCCCCCCGGAGGACUGCCCAUACAGGGCCUGGUCACACAGGGGGGCAGAGGGGGCAUGGGCAACAGGGUGGUUGUCCCGGGGUGUGGCAGAGCCAGCGGGGCCGCGGGAGGGACGGGUCAGCUGGGCCGGGGGCGCCUGAUUCCUACCAGACAGAGCCAGAGAGGGGCAGAGGACAGCCAGGCCUGCACUGUGUCCAUAGACGGCCUCUCCACAUCCACCACCGACACGCAGCUCCGGAACUUGCUCAACUCAAUCGGCCCCAUCCAGAUGUUCAAAAUGCUGCCCCAGCAGAGGAAAGCCAUUGCCAAAUUUCACAAUCCCCAGCAUGCCUUGAGUUUCCAAGUCAGCUUCAACAGGCAUAUGAUAGAUUUGUCCCAUAUUGAUGUGUCACUGAUUGAUGUCUGAAGCCGCGCGGUAGAGGGUGGCGGCGAGUGCCCAGUGCAGGACGUCACGCCUGACGCUCAUGUGGCUUGGAGGUUCCGGUGUACAGAUCCUUCAGCUAUAUGUAACAACAGCUCUAUGGAACACACAGAACCUACACAGCACCCUCAUCCUCCUCACAACAAGCACCCCCGACCUCCUUGCCUGCUGACGGAUCUACUGAGGAAAACUUCAACACAAAGCAGCAUGUUUUGCUCAUGUUUGAAUUUCCGUAAAGGGGGAGCUUCAAUGCCGGUUUCAUAUGACAAAUAUGUUUAUGGUCACUGGUCUGGACACUUGGACAGACGUGACUAGAGGGAAGAUGCUGGAUAGUCUGUAAUUUUUCAAACUUUGACAGAAGGAAUUUGAGAUGAGGAAAAGGUUUGUGCAUCGGGCACUAACGACAACAAGAAGUAGUGGUUGACACUGGAUAAUGGUUGCUCCCCACCCUCAGCUCAGUUGUGAACACCAUCUAUAUCAACGAUUAGGGAAAAGAGUUUAGGAGAUUUAACUUGUACUUGGAGAUUUUACACAUUUUCUGACGAGGUGUUUGAGGCAAGCUGCUGAUGUAGGUCUUGACUGAAAGAAACGGGUGUAGAAUAGGUGCGAAGCUUACCACUACAUAUUUUCCUUUCUGGCAGUGCCAUUUUCCUUCUACAAAUGGCAGCAUUUCAUAAUUAUUGUGGAUUGGAUGCGAUGGGUUGACUCUGGGUAGAGCCCUUCCUCAAGUAGUGUUUCAUUCCUGAGUAAAUGGCACAGCCUAGUGGAGAAUUUAAGCCAUUUAAAAAUAUAAUCUGGAAUCUGGUUUGAGGGUAUGAUUAUGGGGAUUCAAACUUGACCUUGCAUCAGGUAACGAUUCCAAGGAUUUUUAUUCAAAUAGAAUUUAGAUUGAUUAGCCAUGCAAAUAUAGGACGUUCUUAACCUAUUCUUAACAGAAUUUCACAGUUCUGUUAAAGAAAGCCCUUUUGACUGGCCACCAUGUCUUCACCUUCACUUCUGGAGGAAUACUAGGCUCGAUGACAUGGAUAAAUAGUGUGUAUUUGUUAGGUUUUCUCUACAUUUUAAGGUCAUUGACGUUACGCGGAUAGACUGGUUUAAUUGUCCUUAUGAUGCUAGUGUGUCCAUUUUGACCGUUUAGCGUUACUUGAUCAUUGGAAAAAUGUGUACUUUAAUAGGGAGCCGUUAGUUUUGUCUUUUAACUGGGUAAACAUGAAUAGGGUGUCUAUGCUUGUGUGGUCUCGGAAUCCGUUUUAGACUUUAUUGACAUUUUGGAUGCACUCAACUUUAGUUUUGUGUAUUGUUGGCAUAUUCUGAUUUCAUUGGUACAUGUCAUGUUUAGUGGGUGUGUUCGCUCCAUAGUAAAUUGUCAUUACAGUUCCAUUUUAAAGUUUAUCAGUGUUUCCCUUAGAAUUUGUUUUAGCAGUGGUGGCAACUGUCACAGAAGGUGGGUGGGGGGUCAGGCAAGGAUCAUAAAGGGGUUUAUCUGGUGUUCGUGUUGGAGGGGCGUGGUAAUUGGCGUGGUCAGCCCAUUGGCGCAGCUUAAUUCGAUCCAGAAUUGUCGGCGGAGAGACAAAUUUGCUGUUUCUCAGCAAAAUGUCCUGCAAUUCUAUGUAUCACUUUUUGCCAUGGCUGUGUUAUGCUCACACAUAACAAACGCAAUGGGUACCCCAAUCGGGCCCCUGGGUAUGUGCCCGGUCAGUAAUCCAGCCAGGCUAAAAAUACUUCAUAGGACGAAUCAAAAAUGUACCAUAUUAACUGUCUAGCUUUUAUUUUUUUCGAUUUCUAGUUCUCAAAGAUUAUAUUAUUAAAUAAUAUAUUUAAAUUAUCAUUUCUAAGUACUUUGUCUGGUUUUUGUCAUUUAAGUUUACACACAACAUUUACCCAUUCCACUUUUUUAUAUAGAUAUUUGGUGUGGCGGCAACAAUUUAGCAGCACCGGUGCACCGCUGUGAAAUGAAUACAGGGGAAACACUGGGUUUAUGAUUGUCAUGCUACAUUGGUAUAAUGAUUCAAAUGCUGAGUAUGGUUGGUAGUUUUAUAGUCUGUCAACAAAAUCUUUUACAGAUUGAUUGGGGGGGGGACUUUGAGGCGUCCAAUUUUUGCAGGGUACAAUUUUUACAUUGCAUCAGAUGUCUUUUAGUUGCCAUAAAUUUAGAUUCUGUAUUGGAUUGCUGAUAUGAUUAUUAUUGGCCGAUACGUUCAGAAGAUUUUUGAUAUGGGUCAUUUAGAAACCGUUGGAAGUUUAGUUUUGUUUCUGAUCAUAUAGAACUCUAACCUGAGCUAGAACUCUUACUUUCAUUUAAUAGUAAACUUUAGUUUGACUCAAUAGUAAAACAAGGAUACUGGUUUGUGGUUUUUGCAUUAGGCCACAAUUCAGAAUGUUGUAGCAGUCUUGCCAAUCUAUGUUUUUGUUUAGAAUUUUGAUUAGAACAUCAAACCGCAAAAGGAAAUGUCAUACUUGUUUUUUUUAACUUAAAAACAAAUUUACAAACUCAUUCUAUACUGAGUGCAUUCAUACAUACAUCAUAUUUUUUUUAUAAUUAUUUGUUAAUGAUGGAUUGCAGGUUUACUGAAACCUGGUGCAACAAAUGCAUAUUUGUGUCAAAGUACCUUUCAGUAUUGCUGGAUCAUGGCUCGGUUAGGUUUUUAUUUUAUUUUGCUUCCAAAAGUGACCAACCUCCUAUAAUAAGAGAUCAGAAUAAAACAGUUGCGGUAUAAUUUCAUUAUUUAGUAUAAUUUAGCGCAGUACCUGUUCCAUUUGGGAAGGUGUGGGGGCAACCAUUGUCAGUGUAUUAGUAGUCAUGAACAUAACAUCAAACAAUUAUAACUGUCACUGAAUGUUUCACUUUUCCAAACUUUUUGAGUUCUCAUUAUGUGCUUUGUUGUAUCAAGUUAACCUUUUUUAUUUUUAUAAAUAUAUAUAUCUAUAUAUCUAGAUAUAGAUGUGUGUGUGUGUGUCCAGACUUUCAUUAUUCUACAAGUGUUUCAUUUGUAUGGAGAACAAAAACUUGAGAGCCUGGACCCUGUUUCUGUUUGUCGAUAUUUGAAGACGUUUUAAAGGGAAAAUAAAAUAUGGCCUAUAUAUACCAUGAAAAUAUGGUUAUGUGAAGCCGAUUGAACUAUUCUAGCCCACAACUUUGUGUGUCUGAUGUCUAUUUGUCGUUACGGUGAGGUAGCUCAAUUCGGAUGCCAGCUGUCCUUCAUUGUAAUCAAAUCUUUUUCUUACAGUAUUGGUUAGUUUUUAUCCUGCCUGGUUAUUGUCUCUUCCAGUAUACUGACUCCCCUCCCUGUGCUGUUUUACCAAAUCCUUGAACAAUUUCCUGUUGCACAAUUCAACUUGGGAACUAGGUGUAUCAGUAAGAUUAGGUAACUUGUGGUUUUGAAUGUAGGCUACAUAGUUUGAAUGUAGGCUACAUCGUUCCAUUACAUGCUAAUUGGGUACAAUCUGCCAUUAUUUCUGGCAAUGAAUCUUCAUUUUAUUUUUUGUGAAGUAUCUUUACUCAAAGUAUAUGAGUGUAUAUAUUCAUAGUUUACAUUUAAUUACCCCCAUCCUCCCCAACACACAGCACUGAUAAUUCAUUAUUUGAGAUGCCAUAGUAUUAGCUGUCAGCAUAAGGAGCAGAGGAUGGCGCAUGUGUUACCUAGCAGUUUCCUGUACUCCUUGUAAGUCGUAAAGGGCAACAUGUUACAAUUGAGUACAAUUUUAAAGUUUUUUUUUUUUUUUGGUCACUUACUGUUUUGGGCUUUCUCUGACUACUGACUGAGGUUUUAUUUUGUUAGAUGUUUGAACUGGCCACUUCUUUGCACGUUGUUCAAUGUUUUUUUUGUGCUGAAUUUAAAUUUGAAUCCUAUGGAUUUGAAAAGUAUUGGCAAUGCCAUUUUAAGUCGCAUUAGUAAAAGACAUGAAUGUUAUGUCUUGUAACAGAGAACCAGGUUCAUAUUGGACCUAUUUUUGUACCUUGUUUCUAAGGUGUUUAUUGCCGUUGUACUUACGUGUACUGUAUGAUGAACGUUGUGCUUUUUGUGUCAUCAGGUUUGGAGCACUCCACUUUAGCUGUUUUAAUGUUGAUGAUUUUUUUGGGAAGCUGCAUUUAAUUUAGGUUUUAAACAGGAUGCUACAUCUACUGAUUUGACUGAUCUGCUCACAUCAAAUUGUUUGCUAUUGCUUAUUUUAUUUUAAAUGUCAAUGGUUUUCUAAGAUGCAACUACAGGACAUGCUGCUUAAAAUGUUAUCGUGGCCGUUGGGUUGAAGAAGUGCCUGAAGUUUUAAAAGAUCUCCGAACUUUGAAACUACUAACGUUUCUUAUUCUUCACUUAGGUUUAUUGGAUGGGCUCCAGAAGCGCAUUGUUUUUUUGUUGUUGCAGGACCACGGCUGAAUAUCCAUAGUUGACUCCUUUCCUCCUUUUAUUUUUUAGGUGUGAUCCCGUGGACUGGCACCUUGCCUCAAUGCUAACACGGUUUGGUUGUUUGCAGGUCCUGUGAGAACACAAUUGACUACUUUUUCCUCUUGAUAAUUCAGUUGAUUUUGCAGCAUGGUUUUGGGCCUCAAACCCCAUUGUCCGGACUUACGCUUCUUCCAUCAACCCCUUGUCCUGUAACCCUAUCCUCCCAACCUCCAAGGUUGGCAUUGACUCAGUUGAGGUGUGUUGUUAUUGUGGUUGUUGCUGCUCUUAACCCUCUGUAUCAAGCAGGGGCCCUGUCUGGAUUACCUUUGUUUGUUAGCCCAAUGGAUGGAGGUUAACAUCUCUGUGACGACACCCGGGUUCACAGAUCAGACACGCUUAAAGCCACACGCUUCCACUCCACCCAAGUCAUGCCAGCUAUGCUCGGCAUUCAAAUGUUUGGUUGGAUCAUAAAAAAGACACCACUGAUUUGUUAUACUGUGGACGGUGUGAUAUUGUCACUGAAAAAACUGACUUGAAUUGUUGAAAAUAUACCAAAAUGUAUGUUUCACAUUUGUGUUGAAAGAAAUGUUGAUCAAUCAAGAUUGUACAAACCAACAUUGUUCAAGAAUUUCAGUGUUUGUCUGUGAAAUGUUUGCUUGAGGUGCCUUUGUAAACUGAGAUGCAACAUGUUGAAAUAUGCUAUUAUUUUUACACAAUAUACAAGAUACAAUGUGCAUUGUUGAAUAAUUAAGUGAUUCCAUACCUAAAUAAACACCAAUGUAUUUUG